UCUAAUUAUCUACAGGAUGUUGAUGCCACAGAUAUCACAAAUUAUGAGGCACACAGAUAUCCCAGGACUUUAAAAUCUAAGCAUCCACCAUGCAGGAUGAACCAAUAUUUCGACGUAGACAAGCGCAAUUGUAUGGGCGUAAUCGGUGGCGGAAAAGCACUUUAUGUAAAUAACAAAAUAUCUUGCGGGUCGAAUGUAUUAAAAUCACACUGCACAAAUCCAAGAUACUACUACAUUUGCAGACAGAACAAAACCAUUUUGGCCCAGUGUCCCCAAAACAGACAUUUCGAAAGCCAUCUACAAAAAUGUAUCUUGGUACCUCGUGACAAGCAUAUUUCUGCUACCAACGGACAAAAUUCCGAUAUUUUUGAUUCUGUUCAACAUCUCGAUUGCCUAAAAACCGGCUCAUUUCCGGUUCCAGAUAACUGUGGUUUGUUUUAUACUUGCUCGAUGCAUGGUAAGAAAAUGAACAAAAAUUUCUACACGUGUCCAAAAAAUAUGGCUUAUGACACAGAAACUGAAAUGUGUAAACCAUCCAGUACUUGUCGUGAACCAGAAUCAUUAGCCUCGUGUAGAGAUCAUCCAUGGGAUGGAAAGAAAGAAAAUGUGGCAUUAAAGGAAGCUGUAUUUCCGACAAAGGGAAGAUCGGAAACUUGUGAGACGAUAUUUACGAAUGAAGAAGACACUACAACUAAUUCAACGUCCGAUAGUGAUGAUGAAAUUAAGUUGAUAACUACUUCUUACACCGAACCAUUCGUAUCUGAACUCACGCGAUCAGGUGAUAGUAAUGAUAUUGUAACGACGACGGAACGUGCUUUGGAAAAGUCACGUUUUACAAACAAUGGAGAUUUCGCGAUACCUAUAACUGCCACGUAUUCAACAAUUGCAGUAGAGAACACGUAUCCGACUGAAUUUAAUUUGCCCGUCGACGUAAAUGGGAAUAAAGAAUUAGGAUCUAGGACUGUAGCAGAACCAUUUGAAAAUGAUCAUACAAGAAUUAUAACGGAUGAUCCUAAGGAGCAAUCACCUGAUGACCAAGAUAGAACUGGACCAACAAUUUUAGAUGAUCCAUCAACGUUAGAAAACAUAGAGCGAGAAAAUAUUCCUGAUUCUGAAAAUCCUAGUUUGGGAAAACAAUAUAAUACUACAGAAGAAUUUAACGAAGAGCCAAUGUUUGGGAUCAGAAACAUCGACACUGAACCAAUAACAUUAGCCGAUCCUACAAGCCCAAGAAAUAACGAACCGACUACAAACCUAGAUACAAACAAAACGCCCUUGGAAAUUCCUAUUGAUGAUCCUAGAUUACAAAACCAACAUAGCACAACAAAAGCAUUUAACGAAGAAUCAAUUAGUGGAGCUGAAAACACUCUACCAACAAUUAUAGAGGAUGUUACAGCUCCUAGUCCAGUACAACCAGAGGAGCCACCGAUUGCAGAAAUAAUUCCAACUGAAUCGCCCGUACAAAUACCUACUGAAGAACCUAAUUUAGAAAACCAACAUAGUAUACAAGAAGAAUCCAGCGAAAAGCCAGUUACUGAAAAUGAAAGCAUGAACAUUGCGCCAACAAUUUCAGAAGAUCCUACAAUCCUUAAUAAUGUCGAAGCGAAAGAAUUACCGGUUACAGCAAUAAUUCCACUUCAACCAUCCGUGCAAAUUCCUAUUUCUGAAGAUCCUAAUUUGACAGAUCAAUAUAAAGCACCAGAAAAUUUGAGCGAAGAAUCAACUACUGAAACUGAAAACAUUAACACUGAUGAAAUAAUUGUAGGUGAUCCAACAACUCUUAUUAAUACAGAACCGGAAGAAGAACCGGUAACAGAAGUAAUUUCAGACGAAUCACCUGUUGUAAAUCCUACUACUGAAAAUCCUGAAUUACCGAUUCCUGAAAUUGAAAAUAUUAACACUGAACCAACAAUUCUACCUGAUCCAACAACCCUUAUCAAUACAGAACCGGAAGAGGAAGGGGUAACAGAAGUAAUUUCAGACGAAUCACCUGUUGUAAAUCCUACUACUGAAAAUCCUGAAUUACCGAUUCCUGAAAUUGAAAAUAUUAACACUGAACCAACAAUUCUAUCUGAUCCAACAACCCUUAUCAAUACAAAAUCGGAAGAGGAACCAGCAAAAGAAGUGGUCUUAAACGAAUCACCGGAUGUGAUUCCAACCACUGAAAAUCCUGAAUUACCGAUUCCUGAGAUUGAAAAUAUUAACACUGAACCAACAAUUCUACCUGAUCCAACAACCUUGAUCAAUACAGAACCGGAAGAGGAACCGGCAACAAAAGUAAUUUCAGACGAAUCACCAGUUGGAAUUCCUACUACUGAAAAUCCUGAAUUAUCGAUUCCUGAGAUUGAAAAUAUUAACACUGAACCAACAAUUCUACCUGAUCCAACAACCCUUAUCAAUACAGAACCGGAAAAGGAACGGGUAACAGGAGUAACUUCAGACGAAUCACCAGUUGGAAUUCCUACUACUGAAAAUCCCGAAUUACCGAUUCCUGAAAUUGAAAAUAUUAACACUGAACCAACAAUUCUACCUGAUCCAACAACCCUUAUCAAUACAGAACCGGAAAAGGAACGGGUAACAGAAGUAAUUUCAGACGAAUCACCUGUUGUGAAUCCUACUACUGAAAAUCCUGAAUUACCGAUUCCGGAAAUUGAAAAUAUUAACACUGAACCAACAAUUCUACCUGAUCCAACAACCUUUAUUAAUACAGAACCGGAAGAGGAACCGGCAACAAAAGUAAUUUCAGACGAAUCACCAGUUGGAAUUCCUACUACUGAAAAUCCUGAAUUAUCGAUUCCUGAGAUUGAAAAUAUUAACACUGAACCAACAAUUCUACCUGAUCCAACAACCCUUAUCAAUACAGAACCGGAAAAGGAACGGGUAACAGGAGUAACUUCAGACGAAUCACCAGUUGGAAUUCCUACUACUGAAAAUCCCGAAUUACCGAUUCCUGAAAUUGAAAAUAUUAACACUGAACCAACAAUUCUACCUGAUCCAACAACCCUUAUCAAUACAGAACCGGAAAAGGAACGGGUAACAGAAGUAAUUUCAGACGAAUCACCUGUUGUGAAUCCUACUACUGAAAAUCCUGAAUUACCGAUUCCGGAAAUUGAAAAUAUUAACACUGAACCAACAAUUCUACCUGAUCCAACAACCCUUAUCAAUAUAGAAUCGGAAGAGGAACCAGCAAAAGAAGUGGUCUUAAACGAAUCACCGGAUGUGAUUCCAACCACUGAAAAUCCUGAAUUACCGAUUCCUGAGAUUGAAAAUAUUAACACUGAACCAACAAUUCUACCUGAUCCAACAACCUUGAUCAAUACAGAACCGGAAGAGGAACCGGCAACAAAAGUAAUUUCAGACGAAUCACCAGUUGGAAUUCCUACUACUGAAAAUCCUGAAUUAUCGAUUCCUGAGAUUGAAAAUAUUAACACUGAACCAACAAUUCUACCUGAUCCAACAACCCUUAUCAAUACAGAACCGGAAAAGGAACGGGUAACAGGAGUAACUUCAGACGAAUCACCAGUUGGAAUUCCUACUACUGAAAAUCCCGAAUUACCGAUUCCUGAAAUUGAAAAUAUUAACACUGAACCAACAAUUCUACCUGAUCCAACAACCCUUAUCAAUACAGAACCGGAAGAGGAACGGGUAACAGAAGUAAUUUCAGACGAAUCACCUGUUGUGAAUCCUACUACUGAAAAUCCCGAAUUACCGAUUCCGGAAAUUGAAAAUAUUAACACUGAACCAACAAUUCUACCUGAUCCAACAACCCUUAUCAAUACAGAACCGGAAAAGGAACGGGUAACAGGAGUAACUUCAGACGAAUCACCAGUUGGAAUUCCUACUACUGAAAAUCCCGAAUUACCAAUUCCUGAAAUUGAAAAUAUUAACACUGAACCAACAAUUCUACCUGAUCCAACAACCCUUAUCAAUACAGAACCGGAAAAGGAACGGGUAACAGGAGUAACUUCAGACGAAUCACCAGUUGGAAUUCCUACUACUGAAAAUCCCGAAUUACCGAUUCCUGAAAUUGAAAAUAUUAACACUGAACCAACAAUUCUAUCUGAUCCAACAACCCUUAUCAAUAUAGAAUCGGAAGAGGAACCAGCAAAAGAAGUGGUCUUAAACGAAUCACCGGAUGUGAUUCCAACCACUGAAAAUCCUGAAUUACCGAUUCCUGAGAUUGAAAAUAUUAACACUGAACCAACAAUUCUACCUGAUCCAACAACCUUGAUCAAUACAGAACCGGAAGAGGAACCGGCAACAAAAGUAAUUUCAGACGAAUCACCAGUUGGAAUUCCUACUACUGAAAAUCCUGAAUUAUCGAUUCCUGAGAUUGAAAAUAUUAACACUGAACCAACAAUUCUACCUGAUCCAACAACCUUUAUCAAUACAGAACCGGAAGAGGAACCGGCAACAAAAGUAAUUUCAGACGAAUCACCUGUUGUAAAUCCUACUACUGAAAAUCCUGAAUUACCUAUUCCUGAAAUUGAAAAUAUUAACACUGAACCAACAAUUCUACCUGAUCCAACGACCUUUAUUAAUACAGAACCGGAAGAGGAACCGGUAACAAAAGUAAUUUCAGAUGAACCACUUGUUGUAAAUCCUACUACUGAAAAUCCUGAAUUACCGAUUCCUGAAAUUGGAAAUAUUAAUACUGAACCAACAAUUCUACCUGAUCCAACAACCUUUAUUAAUACAGAACCGGAAGAGGAACGGGUAACAGAAGUAAUUUCAGAUGAAUCACCUGUUGUAAAUCCUACUACUGAAAAUCCUGAAUUACCGAUUCCUGACAUUGAAAAUAUUAACACUGAACCAACAAUUCUACCUGAUCCAACAACCUUCAUCAAUACAGAACCGGAAGAGGAACGGGUAACAGAAGUAAUUUCAGAUGAAUCACUUGUUGUAAAUCCUACUACUGAAAAUCCUGAAUUACCGGUUACUGAAAUUGAAAAUAUUAACACUGAACCAACAAUUCUAUCCAAUCCAAAACCCCUUAUCAAUACAGAAUCAGAAGAGGAGCCUGAAAAAGAGGUAGUUUUAAACGAAUCGCCGGUUGUAAUUGCUAGUACUGAAAAUCCUGAAUUACCGAUUCCUGAAAUUGAAAAUAUUAACACUGAACCAUCAGUUUUGAUGGAUUCGACAACUCUUAUUGAUACAGAACCGGAUGAAGUAACAGAAUUAAUUUUAGACAAAUCAUCCGUUGGAACUUCUGCUACUGAAAAUCCUAGUUUAGAGAAAGAAUAUAAUAAUAUAUUAACCAAUUCGAUAGCCCCUGAUACUACAAAACCACAAAAACACCUAGUUACGUACAUAAUUCCACCUGAAUCAUUCUCGGAAACAGAAGGUCCUGAGGAACCUAUUCUGGAAGUUGAAAGUACUGUAACAGAAGAAUUUACUAAAGAGCCAACUAUUGGAACUGAAACUAUUGGUACUACUUCAGCUAUCUUACCUGAUGCUCUAAUAUCUAAUAUGACAGUACCUAGGGAAACAAAUACAGGAACAGAGGCAAAUGAACCAUUGUUAGAAACAACUACAAAAGAAGAUCCAGAACAUAAUAAUAAAGGAAGCGAUGAACAAAUACCCGUUAAAUAUGGAUCCGGUGAAUCAUUAAAUUACGAUUUAAAUAGAAUGAUAACCACUGAUCCAACAAGCUUGAUCAGCACAAAUGGAGAAUCUGUAUUACAAAAUGAUAGAGCAACACCUGAAAUUAAUACUGAAGAAACAUUUUCAAAUGUAGUAGCCGGAAAGCCUGAUUCUAGAGCAAUGAAAAAACAUUCGAAAUCAUCUCAUAAACAUUCUGAGAUUAUAGAUAAGGAGGACGCGUGUAAUAAUGUUGCACAAAAAGAAUCAGCAACUACACCGAAAGAUACACACAUGCCGUCAGCGAUAUACUAUAUCAUUGAUAAGAUUAAGCAAUGCUUGACAAAAAUUUUAAAUGUGUUACAUCACUAAGGAUGACAUAAAAUAUAUUAGUGAAUUUUUAUUUAAAAAAUUGCAUUUAUAUAUCAAAUUAAAAAUAUAAAUAUAAUAAUAUAAAAUAUAAAUAAUAUGGCAGGUAUAAAGAUGAAGAUAAAAAAUUAUAAAUAUUUGAAAAUAUAAAUUAUAUAUAUUUAAGCGUGUAUGUAUAUAUUAGAAUCGGAGGUAGUUCAUACAACGUCCUUAAAUAAUAUUCCUAUUAUUCCAAAAUAAAUAUUUUAGAAAUUGUAUUAUGAUUUAGAGUUUCA